AUGCCUAUAGAAGCAGAAGGAAUGAAUGUUGUGAGGGAUGAAGAGACUGUUGUUAGGGAUAAGGAUGAUAUUACACAUGAUGAAGAAGAGUUAAUGUCAAAAAUGUAUGAGGAAGUGGUUGGUCAGGAUGAAGCUAAUGUUGUUAGGGAUGAAGAGAAUGUUGUGAGGGAAGAGGGAAAUGUUUUCAUGGAUGAAGAGAAUCUUGUGAGGGAUGAAGAGAAUCUUGUGAGGGAAGAGGGAACUGUUGCUAAUGUUGUGAGGGAUGAGGACAAUGUGGGAGAGGUGAAUGAUGGGUCUACUACUGAUACUGGAGAUGAUAGUGCUAAUGAAAAUUAUGGGAGUGCUAUGGAAGUGGGAUUUGAUGGUUUUGAUGAUUUAGAGGAAGAAGACUUGGAUGAUCUUCUUGAAGAUCUAGAGGGGGAACAAAGCAAACAACAAUUGGAUAAUGAUGGCUUGGAAGAGGAAAUAGUAAAUGACAGUGAGGAACUUGAAAGUGGUUGUGAUAGUGAAGAUGGUGAUGUUAGAAAGAAAAGUUACCCAAUGUUUAAUAUGAAGAAGGACAUGGCAGAUUACAAAUGGGAAGUUGGAGUGUACUUUAGGUCAAAGGAUGACUUCAAAGAAGCUAUAACAUCAUAUGUUGUGCAAAGUGGGAGAAAUAUGAGGUUUAUAAAGAAUGGCAAAGUGAGGGUGAGGGUUAAAUGCAAGGAAGGGUUUCAAUGGGAAGCCUAUUAUGCUAAAUUGCCAAAUGAAGAAACAUGGCAAUUAAGUAAAUUGGUUGACAAGCAUGAGUGCAGUAGAGAGUAUAAUGUGAAAAUGUUGACCACUAAAUGGCUGAGCAAGAGAAUUCAAAAUUCUCUGAAAAACAAUCCAAGGAUGAAGAUUAAGGACAUUAAGGCAAAGGCUCAAAGGAAGUGGAAUGUGGGUGUUAACAAGACUAAGGCUAUAAGGGCAAGAUUUAAAGCUAGAGACAUGGUUGAUGGAUCUUUCUUAGGGGAUUAUACAAGGAUUUAUGAUUAUUGUCAUGAGUUGUUAAGAGUUAACCCAGGGUCUACUAUCAAGAUUAAUGUUGAUCCAGUCCCAGAAGGUAAUGAGGACCAAAAACCAUAUUUCAAAAGGUUGUAUGUUUGCUUUGCACCAUGUAAGGAAAGUUUCAAGUUAUCUAGACACAUCAUUGGUCUAAAUGGCUGUUUUUUAAAGGGGUUGUGUGGUGGGCAGAUUCUGGCUGCAAUAGGGAGGGAUCCAAAUGACCAGAUGCUCCCAGUUGCAUUUGCAGUUGGUCUACUACCAGCAAUGGAUGAGCUUUUGCCAGGUGUUGAACAAAGAUUUUGUGUGAGGCACCUUUAUAAUAACUUUAGGAAGAAAUAUCCUGGUAAAAUGUUGAAAGAUGCUAUCUGGAAGGCUGCAAGGUCAACAUAUGUACAAGCUUGGGAGAGAGAAAUGAGGUCUAUGAGACUUAUUAGUGAUGAGGCAUAUUUACAUAUGAUGAAGACAUCUCCAAGAUUCUGGAGUAAAUCACACUUUAAGGUAACUAACAAAUGUGAUACUCUACUCAAUAACAUGUCUAAGGCAUUCAAUAAUGUGAUCCUUGAGUCAAGGAUGUCUGAUGAACAUAUUUUUGAAGUUAAGCAUGUGCAAGAUCCAACUGACAUGUUCACUGUGAACUUGAAAGACCACAUAUGUUCAUGUAGGAAGUGGGAGUUGUCUGGUUUGCCAUGUGUUCAUGCAUUGUCAUGUAUGAAGAGUAGGAACUUUAAAUUUGAAGAUUUCGUUCCAGAGUACUAUAGGAAGAGUAGGUACAUUGUACUCUACAAACCAGUUAUAUAUCCUGUGAAUGGUUCAAACUUAUGGGCAAGGACACAAUACCCAGAUGUGCAUCCUCCAAAGUACAGAAAGAUGCCUAGAAGACCAAAGAAGAAGAGGAAUCUUGAACAAGGAGAACUUGAUGGGACUGACAAAAAAAUUAGGAGGACAGGUCUGAUUGUGAAAUGCAGUAGAUGCAAGAAGUCAUGGCACAACAAAGCUACAUGUAAGGUGACAGGCCCUGCACAACCAACUAGUCAACAAACAUCACAACAGACUCCUCAAGGGCCUGCACAACCAAGUACUCAACAAACAUCACAACUAACUACUUCACAGCCAGCUACUCAACAAGUUACUUCACAGCCAGCUACUCAACAACGUCAAGCUAUUUCACAUGCUGCACAACAGAGUCAACCAGCUUCUCAGACAUCCAGAACAAGAUAA